CCUCUCUCACUCCCUUCCUGCUGCAUCACAACAGCCGCUAGUAGCUCGAGUAUAGCACCAGUGACCGGGGGCAGUGUAACCAAGGCUAAUUAUCCUAUAGAAUAAUUCUAGACGUAGAAAUACUUAAAAACACUGUAAUACAACUCACCUGCCUGAACUGCUUGCAUUGCGAUAAUCUCGUUUGAGUGGUUGGGAUAUGGCCAGGCCAGAACAGGUUCUGCUCUUGGAGCCUCAGCACGAACUGAAAUUCCGAGGUCCGUUCUCAGACGUGGUCACCACGUCCCUCAAGCUCUCAAACCCUACAGACCGGAAUGUGUGUUUCAAGGUGAAGACGACAGCCCCUCGCCGGUACUGUGUCCGGCCAAACAGCGGCAUCAUCGAUGCCGGCACUUCAAUCAAUGUCUCCGUUAUGCUGCAACCUUUCGAGUAUGAUCCGAAUGAGAAGAGCAAACAUAAGUUCAUGGUCCAGUCCAUGCUGGCACCGCCAGACAUGAUCGAUAUGGAGGGAGUGUGGAAGGAGGCCAAGCCAGACGAGCUGAUGGACUCCAAGUUGAGGUGUGUGUUUGAGCUUCCAGCGGAGAACGAUAAAACGCAUGACAUGGACUCCAACAAGGUGAUGUCCUCCGGCCUGUUGAAGUCCGAGUCCUCCACUCUGUCCAUGAGGUCCAUGAGCUCCACCCUUGACGACGGGGAGGUGAAGAAGGUGAUGGAGGAGUGCAAGCGGCUGCAGAUGGAGGCUCAGAGGCUACGGGAAGAGAACAAACAGAUCAGGGAGGACGAUGGCCUGCGGAUGAGGAAGAGCAACAUGAUGUCGUCCCAGCACUCCUCGAUGGCGGUGAAGGAGGAGGGGCUGAGUGUGCGCGGCAUGGCCCUCAUCGUUCUCUUCUUCGUGGUGGGCGUCAUCGUGGGCAAACUGGUCUUGUAGAGCGCCGUGUGGCUCAGACGGCCCCCCCCCCCCCCCCCCGGGGGGCCCCCGGCCGGCAGCAUGCAUUCUGGAGGGGGUGGGGUUGGGUGGUUGGGGAAAGGGUGGCGAAGGAAAAACCAACCCCGGAUUAGGGAUUUUUGGAUCAGAAAUGCCAUAUCAGUGGGUGGGAGGGGCAGAGGGAGGUGUACCAGUUUUCAUUCUCAUUUAUGUAUAAAUCAACACACACACACACGCGCGUGCGCACACACGACGCAAGAAAUACGAGUCAACAUGUCAUGAGCAAACAAACCCAACAGGUCUUGCCGCUGUGUAGUCGCUACAUAAUCAUUUUGGCUCCCUUCCACGUUCAGACAUACUGGUGAU